AUGGCUUGUCAGUCUCUCGCAGGCAGUGACUUCCCUCUCUUGCACAGUCAUCGCUAUCUCCAUCGAAGCAAUGAUUCAAAUGGCAAUAAUGAAUACCCUGCUACUGUUUUCGUUGGUGGUCAAGACUCUUUCAAAUAUGAUGCUAUCUGUGAACUCGUCUUCAAUGAUCAGGAAGCUAUGGAGCGAUUUCGAAAUAAUACCGGCACCCCUGAAGUAAAGGCUGCUUUGGGGGAAGAUGAGCUGAAGUUCUUGGAUCGAGCAAAGUUAAGGAUCGUUCUGUUGGGUGACUACAUUGCAAGUCAAUGA